AUCUGAGAAGUCACCACAGCCCAGAUCACCAGUUACCUCCGCUGUGCACAGCAGACCCAGCAGCUGCCUGGGCAUGGACAGUGUGGGCACCGUGGUGCUGUUCCUGCUGCUGGCCGGCAUCUACCUGCUCCUGUCCUUUGGUUUUCGCAGCAAGGGCCGGCUGCCCCCUGGCCCCAGGCCUCUCCCCAUUCUGGGGAACCUGCUGCAGCUCCGCUCCCAAGAUUUGCUGACCUCACUCACCAAGCUGAGCAAGGAAUAUGGCUCCAUGUACACCGGGUACCUGGGGCCCAGGAAAGUCGUGGUACUCAGCGGUUACCAAACAGUGAAGGAGGCGCUGGUGGACCAGGGGGAGGAGUUCAGUGGCCGUGGAGAUUACCCAGUGUUUUUCAACUUUACUAAGGGCAAUGGCAUCGCUUUCUCCAAUGGAGAACGGUGGAAGGCCCUGAGAAGGUUCUCUGUCCAGAUACUACGGAACUUUGGGAUGGGAAAGAGAAGCAUGGAGGAGUGGAUCCUGAGGAAAGCAGCUUCCUGUUGGAGUCCCUGCAGAAUACACAAGGUCGGGGUGGGGGGGGGUCCUUAGUGAAUACAGUCUGCACCCCUAACUCA